GUUUAAUUUAAAUUCCGUUCACAAUCGAUGGUGUCCCGCUUCUUUAAAAAAAACCACAACAACCCACAUUGCAACAAACAAGACUUGUGAAUGCAGAUUAUUGAUAAAACACAUCCAAGCGCACUUUUCCUAGUUGUUUUAUCACUUUUUGUGACAAAAGCAUCACUUAAACCAACAAGAGAACUAGAGAUUUGGGAGUCACCCUGCGGAAGUUCAAACGUGUCCCUCAACCUUGAUCUAUUUCUUACACCAACUCAACUUCCCAAUGAAGACAACAGUCAGAUGCUACGGUCAUGUGUUGUUGUGUUUCGAGAGGCAAGAGCAGCGAUUCGGGACGCUAAAGAUAUAUUUAAGAAAGAUAUUUUGUUAUCGAAGGAGGAGGCACUACAAUUCAAAGACGCCAACGGAAGUGCAGUCGGACUUAAUUUUAAUGUGUUACCAAGAACAGAUAAUGUAGUGUCCGAUAUAAACUCGGAUUAUUCAUUUGUGUCGGCAGCCAUUUUGUACAUCGAAGACAUCAAAAACAGGGGUAAAAGCACACAAAUCUACUCGCAUGUGAAUUUGAAGAUCCUUACCUUAUUCCGAAAAUUGCAGAGCAUAUUGUGCACUUUUCAAAACCUGAUGGGGCUCAACAGGGCUGAUAUAACAUCAUACAUAUCGAGAAGUGAAUUUAAUCUUCCUACAGGAGACGUGGCCGAUUUAGUAGAAAGUGACUAUCUGGCUCUUAUUCAAAUUGGUAAUCUUAUGACAGACUUGAUUAAUAAAUACUCCUAGUUCGAAUUGUUACACUCUUGUUCAUUUAAUAACGCAAUAGGUAGGAUUGCCUAGUUAGGUAGUUCAUUUGUAAACAACAUGUUACAGACAGAAAGAAAAAUCCAACCACAAUUUACGUUAUACUUUGUUUGGACAUGAAACUUAUUUACUUACAUGCAUGAUAAAUUAUUUUUUCUUUUUGUGAUCGACUUUUAUUUUUGACACGAUAUGUAUCGAUAUAUAAUAUAAGAAUAUUUAUAACUCGGAAUAUCCGUUUUUAUAUUCACGUAUGGUUGACAAUUAUUGUAUAAAGGAACGAACAUAUUUUGUAAGUUUUUAAGUACAUUAAAAUUUAAUG